CUCCUGAAGCACAGCCCCGCCCCUCCCACUUCUGCUCAGAGAAAGGGACUGGAAGCCCAACAUAUUUACUGACGAACAACAACUUUCAGUAUGAAGCGUUUCUUUGAGUUGCUUUUCACCAACAUGUAACUAGAAACGUCUUUGACGUGGUGGUUUGUUCUUCCACGCUCUCCCCUGUUGAAAGCCGGGCCAGAAGAAAAAAAUGGAUUUGUGACCAGCACGAAGAGAGGAGAAGGCAAGAAAGAGGUUUUCCCUCAAUUAUUGCAGCCAAGCAAGGACCAGGAGCUUGGACAAGGAGAGAAAGUAGAAGACUAAGUGUGUCACAAUGUCGGAAUCACCGGUGAAAGGAGCCCCGGGCACAGAGGCAACCAUACCAGAGGUCACAGCAGAACACAUACCCAGUCAUCCUCAACAGGUACAAGAUGUAGCAUCUGUGUCUACUACGCCUGUGGCCUCCACACAGUCUCCUGUCACCAUGGCAACUGAGGAUGAGGAUGAGAGUGAAGAUGAGUCAGAGAUUCUGGAGGAGAGUCCCUGUGGCCGCUGGCAGAAACGAAGAGAGGAGGUGAAUCAGCGUAAUGUCCCAGGCAUAGAUGCUGCAUACUUGGCCAUGGACACUGAGGAAGGUGUGGAGGUAGUCUGGAAUGAAGUCAUGAUCUCAGAAAGGAAGAACUUCCAACUGCUGGAGGAGAAAGUGAAGGCCGUGUUUGAUAAUCUGAUCCAUUUGGAACACGCAAAUAUUGUCAAGUUUCACAAGUACUGGGCUGACACAAAGGAGAACCGGGCCAGGGUGAUUUUCAUUACUGAGUACAUGUCAUCAGGAAGUUUGAAGCAGUUUCUUAAGAAGACAAAGAAGAAUCACAAAACCAUGAAUGAAAAGGCCUGGAAGAGAUGGUGCACACAGAUCCUGUCUGCUCUCAGUUAUCUCCAUUCAUGUGACCCUCCCAUCAUCCACGGCAACCUGACCUGUGACACCAUUUUCAUCCAACACAAUGGGCUCAUCAAGAUCGGAUCAGUUGCUCCAGACACCAUCAACAGUCAUGUGAAGACAUGUCAUGAGGAGCAAAAGAAUUUGCACUUUUAUGCACCAGAAUAUGGAGCUGAUGAUGAUGUCACCACAGCUGUAGACAUCUACUCAUUUGGCAUGUGUGCCUUAGAGAUGGCACUCUUGGAGAUUCAGGGGAAUGGAGAGUCCUCCUACAUGUCUCAGGAGGCCAUCAGUAAUGCCAUCCAGUUAUUGGAGGACCCACUGCAGAGGGAGUUAAUCCAAAAGUGCCUCGAGUGUGAUCCCAGUACAAGGCCGACAGCCAGAGAGAUGCUGUUUAAUCAGGCUCUGUUUGAAGUGCCACUGCUAAAACUGCUGGCUGCUCAUUGUAUUGUCAGCCAUCAACACAUGAUUCCUGAGAAUGCCCUGGAGGAGAUAACAAAGAAUCUGGAUCCAAACCUGGUCAUUGCUGAGACCAAAGAGGAUGUUCAGCUCAAGCUUUCGCAGUUCCCUGCCUUAGAGCUUGAUAAAUUCCUGGAAGAUGUGAGAAAUGGUAUUUAUCCCAUGACGGCAUUUGGGCUGCCCUGUCCGCAGCAGCCUCAACCAGAGACUGUUAAAUCUCCUGUUGUCGUCCCUUUGGUUGAAUCUCCCACACCUGAACCUGCUGAGCUUGAAACAAGGCGGGUCGUUCAUAUGCAGUGUAGUGUUGAAUCUGUGGAGGAGGGAGCAAAGUUUCAUCUAACGUUACUGCUGAAACUGGAGGACAAGCUGAACAGACAUCUAAGCUGUGACAUGUUACCUCAUGAGACUGUUCAAGAGUUGGCUGGAGAGCUGGUGGAGCACGGAUUAAUCAGUGAGGUGGACCAAAACAAAGUAGCUUCUCUACUGGAAGAAUCAUUCAGCAAGCUCUUCAAUAACAACAGCUCCCUCGGCCAUGUUACUGUCUCCUCAUAAGUACACUCUUUCGACCCUGUUACAUGUUAGUUACUGUAGUAACUGUAUUCAUUGUUUUUAUUUUUAUUUUUUUCUUCUAAGCCUUAGGAGGUAAUGUGACUUAAAGGGUGUUUGUUUUUUCUCUGCAUCAGCAAUUAGAGCUUUCUUAAAGUGCACAAACCAUACAUUUAUAAUGUAUCGUAUUCUUCUCAGUGAGUAGGCACGACUUAAGUGGGCUGUUAAGUAGAACUGACCUUGUUGAUGCUGCAAAAGACACUUGACCACAGCGGUACCGACAGGAUUGCUUGCAGCUUUGUCAAAACCUACUCUUUCUUAAGGGCACAAUUGUAUUUUAGUGUGGUGUUAUUAUGGUCUUUUUGUGUCUUAAAACAUUCAUCAGUUGUUCAUUUCACUUACAUGUGGUUACACCAUGGUUUGAUCCUAGGUUUUAAUUGCGGGGGUCUACACCUACUUAUCACCAGCAAAUCUACAGAUUCUCUGAAGAUGAAGGGAUCAAUUUCUGACCAAAGAAAUUUUUCCAAAAAAGAAAAAAAACAAAGCCAUUCUUUUGGAUCCUAACAUUGUGUGCUUCUCCCAAUCAUAUGGCUUUAUUUUAUAUUUUAUUUUGCCUCAAAUGUUAGAUCAUUCCCAGCUCUGUCAUUUUUGUGAUGACUCACCAAUUCAUGAACUGGAUGGUUACUUUCUGAAUUGACUUUAAAUAAUAUAAUAUAAUAGACAAAUACCAUGUGUAAUAAUUUUAAGAAGCUUUCACAGAAUGUAUGUUCACUAGUGCCUUUCAGAUUUUCAGGGGGCAUCACGCCAGUUGUUUCUGAAAGAAAGGUAUCUGGUUACUUUGAGGUACUGUGAAAUCAGUGUUACUGAAAAUCCGUUAGUGUGCGUUUGUUUUUAUAUUUUACUCCUCUCUUUGCCUUUGAUGGGCCUAUACGCACAUGCUACAAAGUCCUCUUCCACAGUUUGUUUUAUUUUUGUAGUCAUUGUCUUACUAUUUGCUGCUUGUUGGGUUCACACAUGCUUUGACCUUUUGUCAUGUGAGACUUGUGUACUGAACUCGGCUGCCAUAUACUGUAAAGAGAGGACCUAUCCUGGUAAAUGUUUUAUCUAUGUUACAGAUAUUGUAUGUUAUGCGUUAUUACUUGACUUAUGUCCUUUUUGUUAACCAUCAUUUCAGACAGAGACCAACUUUUUGAGAGUCUGAGCCAAUGUACAAAUUAUCUUGUUUCUUUUUCUGUUGCUUUCAUUUAAUCAAUAUUUGAUAAAACUGGAAUCUGGUGGGUUGAUAUUCUCAUUCCCAGAGUGCAGAGUCUUCUGUACCUGAAUACAGAAUUUCAAGUCAUACAAGUCUUGUUUAGACUUGUAUUCAGAUCAAGGAGUUGCCUGUGGCUUUUUUUGUGACAUCUUGGCUCUGAACUCUUUGUUUCUUUAUACUGGUACUUCUGUGUAUAGAAGCUCAUCAAAUUCAUGGCCUUAAACAAGCAGUAAGAAUGAAACAAAAUGUCACACACUGUAUGUACAGAGAAAAAAAAACAUGAGGCACAACUGGAUGCAAUACACUUUCUAAAAUGUUAUUGUUUUUACAGUGAACUUGGGAAAUGUCUUAUUAAUACAGUCCCUCAAAGUCAGAGCUUCCCUCUGGUUGUUAAAUUACUAUGGUCACUCCAGCUUUAUACAACCCCAGUUCAGAAAUAGUUUGGGCGCUGUUUAAAAUGUUGAUAAUAAAUAGGUUUUGAUGGCUGGCAAAUCAUUUGAACCCUUUAUUUAAUAGAAACUAGUACAAAGACAUUUCAGUGUUUUAUGAAAAUAUGUGCACAUUUUUGAUGCCAACAGGUUGCUACCAGUUAGUAACAUUACUGCGUAUAAAAAGGGCAUUCUAGAGAUGCUGAGUCCCACAGAAGUAAAGUUCGGAUGAGGUUUCCCCUUUUGUGACCCACUGCCAUAGAAAAUAGUUCAGCAAUUUCAUAAUUAUUUCAAACUUGGGGAAAAAAAUGGGGGAUUGUAUCAUCUACUAUACAUUCAAGGAUUAAGAUAAUCUGGAGAAAUCUCUUUACAAAAGGGCAUGGCUGAAAACUAAUAUUGGAUGGCUGUGAUGUUCAGACCCUCAGGCAGUGCUGCAUUGAAAACAGACAUGGCUCUGCAGUGGAUAUCUGCAUGGGCUCAAAAUCACUUCUAAGAGCCAUUCUCUAUGAAAACAUCAACUUGCUGAGCCCUCAAAUUCAAGUUAAAACUGUACCAUGCAAAUGGGAAAUCGUAUAUAAUCAUGAUCCAGAAACACUGUGGACUUCUCUGGGCCUGAGCCUUCUAAAGAUGGAAACUGUCCUGUAAUCCGAAAAAUCAAAAUUUGGUGCUCUUUUUGGAAAUCAUACGCUCAGCUCUAAAAAAGAGAGACCAUUCUGCUUGUUAUCAGCGCACAGUUCAAAAGUCAGCACCAUGAAGAUGCGUACAUACCCAUUGCAUAAGUUCAUACAUCUGAGAAGGCACCAUUAAUACUGAACAAUACAGGAUUUGAAGCAAGAAAUGCUGCCAUCCAUACAAUGCCUUUUCCAGGGAAGAUCUCUCAUAUUUCAGUAAGACAAUGCCAAACCACAUUCUGUGCGUAUUACAGCAGUAUGGCUCUUUAGUAGAAGAGUGCAGGUGCUAUACUGGCCUCCCUGCAGUCCCAACUUGUCACCUAUAUUGUAAACAUUUGGCAUAUCAUGAAACCAUAAAUACAAUCUGUUGAAAGCCUUCAUCAGGCAAAUAUGGGACAACUGUUUUGAAACGUCCUACUGUCAUCCAAAAUUGAGCAUAUAAUUUUCAUAAAACAAAAUGUUAAGGUUUCAACAUUUGAUAUGUUGUUUUUGCACUGUUUUCAAUUAAAUAGGGUUUAAAUGAUUCACAAACCAUCACAUUCGUUUUUUUACAUUUAGCACUGCAGAACAACUAUUUUGAAAUUGGUAUCGUACACAAAGGCCACUAUUCUACUUAAGUCUGCUCUUUUUCUUAAAUAUAGUAUUCAUUUAUGUUGUAUUGUUUAUGUUAUUGGCCUCUCUUUGAAUGUCUAUUUGUGAAAUACCAAGGUUGUAUAUUCCAUCACUGGAGCUUUAUUCUCUAUCUCUCUGGCACCAGGUAUUUAUGGUGGUUAAACUGGUUAUUAAAUAAUCCUAAUGGGUGGGCAGCUUUAGCAUGGCAUUCAAGGAUGUGAGCUUGGUUGAAUAUUGUCAUAUUUUGUACAUGUUGCAAAUGUCAGUAAUCGUGUCUUUAUUCAAACUGGUGUCUUGACACAGCCUGCAAAGUGCGACAAUUCUUUCAAAUAAAUGUGUGAAAUGCUU